AAUGACCUUAUUUCCAUACACAUCGACAUGUGAUACUUGUUGGUGUGAUCUCUUUGUUUUGCUUAUACCCUUGACUGAAGCUUUUAUAUUGCCAAAUUGAAAUAUUUUUCGACGGGUUUUGUUACCGUCUACCCGUUUAUGUAUCAUCAUAAAAAAGGUAUUUAGUAGUGGAACACACGCCUAACGACCAAUCCUAUCUUCGUUUAUCUCCAGCGCGCAUUUUUCCUGGUAAUCGUGUUUACUUUUGAGGAUUCUUAAAAUUUUUGCGAACCCACUGACAAUCUUAAACAGGAUCCUACGCUGGAUUAAGUGGAUUUUUCUUACGAAAAGAUUUUCUAUUAUUAUAUGAGGUUUGGUUUGCUGGCAUAUAAAAAAUGUUAUUAGGAGUUGCUCUUUUCUUUACCAUCGUACCAUUUACCUUUGGAUUAGAUAAUCUCGGUUGUCCAGUUACUUGGAAAGAUUACAAAUUGCAUUGCUACCAAUUCAUUCUAUAUCCACCGGUUACAUUUGAAAGCGCAUUAGCUAAAUGUCAGGAAAAUGGAGCCUAUCUGCUUCGUAUUACGGACACGGAUGAACAUAAUUUCAUUAAAAAUUGGUUGAAUACUCAUUACACGAGCAGCUCUCUGUGGUGGACGGGUGGUCAAAGAGAUUCAACAGAAAAUACUAUAUUCAGAUGGCUUUCCAACGGCAUUCGUGUGCAAGAUAGCCUUGAUUAUUGGUUGAGUACAGAUGAAAAGGCAAAAUCAGGAAAUCAACUUGUGUACAAGAAAGAUGGUAAUAACUUUGGCUGGUCUGUUACUGAAAAGACUGAUGUGCAUGCAUAUAUUUGCAAAAUAAGUCAGGAUGAAACGUAUCGAAUAUUGGAAAAAAACACAGGACUAGAUUAUGGUGUUGAAGUGAAAAAUAAAAACAACAUAAAAAGAGGUCCUAUAAUGAAAAUGGAGCCAAAUAAUACUGUUUUUGUGUCUGGCGCAGACCAGUCCGUCGUACUUGAAUGUUUGGCAUCUGGAAAUCCGCAAGUAAAAUAUAAAUGGUACAAAGGAAACCAAGAACUUUCGUCUUCCGUCAACAGACGAUAUACAGUAACAAAUGGGCGACUCACAAUUACUGAUCCGGAAGCUACUGAUUCGGCAACUGACUAUAAGUGUGUGGCAUCGAAUGAAUUCGGUUCAAUUUAUAGUACCAACGCACAACUCAUAGCAGGUUCCCUUGGAUAUUUCUCUAACAUAAAACCUGAAAAAGAACUUGCUACGGAUUACAAUUAUAAAAUUCUUCAGUGUCCGAAAAUUCAAGGCAAACCCGGUUUACGAUACCAGUGGACUAAGGACAGUGUAACAAACUAUAUUAAGACAGAAAGGCAGCAAUAUAUGUUUAUCUCGAACAAUGGUCGUCUAUAUUUCUCAGAGAUAGGUGGUCCCGAUGCUGGAAAAUAUUACUGUAUGGUUACGUUGUCUGGAUCAGGUCAUUUGCAGUUGACCACCGACCAAGCCCCAUCAAGAAUAAGCAAAGAGAUUGAACUUGAGGUAACUACAGGAUCCUCGAAAGCAAAUUUUGGACCAGAAAUUUUGAAUGAAUUCAUUGCUGUUUUUCCGUCUUUGCCAAUGAUUGGUGAUGAGAUACGAAUGGAAUGUUUUGCGUAUGGAACUUUCUCGAGUCCAUUCAUAUACAAAUGGGAAAAAAUUAACGGGGAAAUUUCCUCCCGAGCUACAUUUUCAGAUCUGAAUCGUGUUCUCACGAUCAAGAAUGCUAAACGACAAGACGAAGGAACUUACAAAUGUAUCGUAAACUCAAAUGCCAAUGGGGCAAAAUCGGACAGUAAAAAUUAUACGUUACUACUACAAUCAAAACCAUAUUUCGUGAUAGAACUGAAGUCACAGUUGGUCGAACCAGGUGCAAAAUUUACGUGGCGAUGCUUGGCUGAAGGUCGACCGUCUAUAACUUAUUCGUGGUUAAAAGAUACUAAACAACUCGUAUCUAAUGGAGACAUUCAAAUUAAUAAAAAUACGCUUACAAUAUCGAAAACUGACGGAAAAAGAGACAAUGGUAUGUACCAAUGUGCUGCAGAAAAUACAAACGGUAUUACAUACAGCACUGCACAGCUAAAAAUUGAAAGUUUUGUCCCGAAGUUUAUUCAAUAUCAUCUUCCUAGUAGUACAUUGGCCGCACGAAAUGGUAAAGUAUCGUUGAGGUGCCAUCCUGAUGCCGUACCUAGGGCAUCGAUAUCUUGGUCCAAGAAUGGUGCUGAUUUGGGACUGGAUAGCAGCCAGUCUACAGGAAGAAUCCAAAAAUUAGUAAAUGGUAAUUUGUUUAUACAGGAAAUUACACAAAGUGAUUCAGGAGAAUACGAGUGUACUGCAACAAACGAUCAGGGAUCAGCAUCACAGUCAACUAAACUGAGAGUAGUCGAAAAUUUGGUAAUCAGCCGCCGUCCAUCGAACAUAGAGGUGAUUGUGAAUGAAACAGCUUUCUUCUACUGCGGUGCCUCCUACAAUCCUGACUUCGAGAUCGUCUACAAGUGGUACUUUAACGGACAUCCAAUUAACGUAGAUAAAGAUACUUUUUAUAGUGAAUUCUUUGAAGUCUUCCUAAGCUGGAGAGUUGAACUUCAGCUCAAGAAACUCCUCUUGCACUUCAUCCAAAACAUCAGUCACUUCACACGGAAAUGGAUUCCUGAUGAAUUUCCAAGCUUCACGCUUUUCAUCUGUAUCUGGGAAGUAUCUGAUGAAUUCUGUUUUCAAGUCACCCCUCCCAGCGAACCGUCUGGUGUUUAUGGUGAUGGAAAUACAGAAGACAAAAUAACCAUAUAUUGGUUGGCACCAAAUGAUAACGGUUAUCCUAUUACACGAUAUAUAAUUGAGAGUUCAAAUAAAUUAAAUCCAGUAUGGAAAAUAGCAACAAGAGAAAUCCCUUCGUCUGCUGUUGAAGUUCAGAACCACUUAUUCAAGUCUGUCGAAGUUUUAGGAUUGAAACCUAAUAAUCUAUACAAAUUCCGAGUUCGUGCUAUUAACAAACUUGGAGUUGGUCGACCGAGUUUGCCGUCAGCUGAUUACCGAACGUCAUCUUCUCCUCCAAAAAGAGCGCCAAAUGAUGUGGGUGGAGGUGGCGGCAAAGUUGGUGAUUUGUCCAUCACCUGGACUCCAUUACCCCCCGAAGAGCAAUGUGCUAAUGGUAUUGGCUAUGUGGUUUAUUGGCGUGUUAAAGGAAAUCCAAAUAGUAAAUGGUCAAAGCAUGUAAUGACAGGACAAGCAAGUGAAUAUUACGCUUUGUCUGGGCUUAAUUAUUACACACUCUACGAAGUCAAAGUGCAAGCGUUUAAUAACGAAGGCUUGGGUCCUAAUUCCACUAUAUCGAGUAUUUACUCAGCCGAAGACUUGCCUCGCGCUGUUCCCAUCGAUGUUUUUGCUGACACUUAUAACGCAACAGCUAUCAUAGUCACAUGGACACCACCUGUAAAUGAUCGCCCAACUAUGAGAGGGAAAAUAUUAGGAUAUCAGAUAAAUUGGGAAAACAAUGAUGUUGAAGAUCCUAUACGUUACUCGCAAUCAUUCUAUGGUGAAAUCAGUGAAGCAAUCAUAAUUGGGCUCUUUCCAAAUGGAUACUAUUGGGUAACAGUUCAGGUGUUUAACACUGCUGGUCUUGGUCCUCUCAGUGAAAAAUAUCUUGGUUCAACAGGAAUGGAUGCGCCCUUAAAUUUCCCUACUGAAGUCACCAUUUAUUCAAAAGACAGUUCAAGUGUUGCAGUAAAAUUCCGUGGAAUAGGAUUUGGUAUUGCCGAAAGUCCUGUUACAGGUUAUAAGCUAUGUUACCAAUCUGUAAGAGAAGUCUGGAACUUGGAAAACUGCAAAGAUAUUGGCUUCGUUGAAAGUGGCGUUCUUGACAAUCUGGAGAAAGACGUUUUAUAUAAGCUGAGAGUUUUAGCUUGGAGUGCUGAUGGCGAUGGUAAAAAGAGUGAAGCUAUAUACUUCACACUUGGAGGCCAGAUUGUCUUUGAUCCAUCUUCUUACAGCUUGUUAGCAGACUCAAAUAGAUUGAGUUCAUCGAUUAGUAUUCUAAUUUUGUGUUUUCUUUAUAUAAUUACUUGGAUUUAUUAAUGUUACCUUGAGAAUAGCCUUAAACGGCUCAGAAAUAAUGUAUGGCCCGUACCUUGAUGUCGAGGUUGAUUUCGCAACAAAAUGAAACACGGAAAACAACAAAAACAAAUAACUAAAGAAGCAAACUACCAACAAUAAUUUUUUGACAUAUAAACAAAGGGAAACGUCAUUUGUAUAGGAAAAUAAUAAUUGCAUAGGAAAAUGAUAAUAAUAAUAAUAAUAAUAAUAAUAAUAAUAAUAAUAAUAAUAAUAAUAAUAAUAAUAAUAAUAAUAAUAAUAAUUUUACAAUGUUUAAAGUUUAAAAUUGCUUUUAAUUAUACUGAGAAUUAUACUGAGUUUUCGUUCGAACCGAAUAACAUUUAUCCGAAUAAAACCAAUAAGUAAGAAGUCACACUUUGUAAAAACAUAACAAUCUAAAUGGUACCAGGAGUAACCUUAUAAAUCUUUCUUAAUCAUUGAGCUUUAAUCCUCUAGGAUAACAAUAUUUUUCAAACUUCUGGUGUAAUAUACCGGUUUCGAUUCAACUGACAUCACUUAAAUAAUUUUGACUUUGGAGUAAUGUAAACUUCAACCCUCACAUUCUAUCACUGCAUAUUCAAUAUUUUCAAGAUAUACAUUAACACACAAUAUCUGAAUCGAUCCAAAGGAAUUAAUUUAUUAUGCAUAAUUUCAACAAAACUCUGAGGAGAUACAAAUUCCAAAAGCUGUUAAGCUGAUAUAUUCUUUGAGCAGAUUCAACAUGUUGAUACAUUUUCAUUUUUGAAAUAUCUUAUGCAUAUUUUUACUUAUUAUGAAAUCUAGUUUUUUGUUUUCAUUCAGUUUUAUAAAGAGAAAAUUACUACUGAGUCAAAAAGUAACCUUUUGUAUGAUAAAAUGCAAAAACACCAUAAAAAAAAAUGUUGUAUUAAUUUUUUUGUAAUUCGUUUUAAAAUAAAGUAUGUACAAAAGUA